AUGAGGAACUGGAGCUUGGGAGCACUUUUUCUUGCACUAAUAUUCUCCCCUCACUGGUUAGAAGCUCGGCAUCAAACCUGCAGGCCGAGUGGCAAAGUGAAGGGAAAGAAGCCGCCUCCAGAUUACUGCAACGAAGAGGAGGACAUCUGCUGCAUAAAGGGGAAAUACUACACUACUUACAAGUGUUCUCCACCAGUGUCUGCAGCCACAAAGGCAUAUCUCUACAUCACCGGUUUUGAGAAAGGCGGAGAUGGAUACAAGCCGUCAAAAUGCGAGCACAAGUACUACUCAGACGACACACCAGUUGUAUCUCUGCCUACCGGAUGGUACAGUGGAGGGAGAAGGUGCCUGAACAACAUCACAAUAAGUGGUAAUGGGCGGAGCGUGGAGGCUAUGGUGGUUGACGAGUGUGAUUCCUCAAAGGGAUGUGAUGCAGACAGCGACUAUCUCCCUCCCUGCUCCAACAACGUUAUUGGCGCGUCUUCUGCUGUCUGGAGAGCGUUGAAGGUGCCCGUGCAGGACUGGGGUGAACUCGACAUCACCUUGUUGCAUGCAUGA